AUGAUUUCAAGGUAAAUGAAGGAGAGAGAAGAGAGUCUUCUUUCGAUGCUUGGCUAUGUGAAAUUCAUUCAUGAAUAGUAGAAAUAAGAUAGUCAAGCUUCAAAUUUAUCUACAUAAAAUGGUUUAAAUAAGAUUACUACAAAUUAAUAGCAAUAAAAUAGACUGAAGUAAAAAAGGCAACUGUCUGAAAAGUAUUUGAAGAUUACUUCUCAUAAUAAAAACAUGCCAUAUGAUACAGUGAGGGGGAAAGACAAUCAAGAAAAAUCAAAAAAUUUAAAAUAAUAUUUUUAGAGUCACUUACAGACGCCAAAAAACGAAUUUUUAAAAGAUGAGCAAUUCUAAAAGGAGCUACCUUUAAUUAAAAGUUCAGAUGAGAAAAUAUUCAACAGCUUUUAAACUCCUAAACAAUCUAAUUCUGAUAUAUUUUAUCACUCUUCUAGACUUGGUAACAAUAAAAAAUAUACAAGCGAAGAUUAGUAAAACUCAUAAAGUAUAUCUAACUCUGAGUAGAUCAUUUAGGAAAUAUUUAUAAAUUAACAAUUAAAGUAGCGCAUCCCAACUCCUUAGUUAGCUUAGCAAGUGACAAAAUUUUUUAAGUCUCGUAAAUUUUUGCUCACUUAGCUCACUUAAAACUCUUUUACUCAGUAGCAUAGUAAGGUAAAUAACUUAAUUGGAAGCGAUGUUCCUCAGAAAAUUUCUUCAGAAACUAAUAGAGCUAAAAAAACAGUUUUUAAAGAUUUUAAAUUAAAUGUCUAAGAAAUAUCAAAUUCGCUAUCAAGAGCUAAAAUGUUGAGUGCUUAAUAACUGUCUGAAAAUAGAUUUUCUUUGGCUUCUUUUACAUCUUCUAACAUGAGAAAAAAAUCUAAAGUCUAUUCGAUAUUAUAAAAUUAAACAAAUAAUAAAAAUAAUUAGCAAAGCUCUACUGCUUACCUUCUUAAACCUUUAAAUUUUAAGUAAAAUUUGAAUAUCUAAGACAACAAAAAUAAAACUUUAGAAGGCAUUAAGGAAAACCAAGAGUUUUUGUUGGAAAAUAACAAUUUAAGCUUAAAAGAAAUAUUUGAUAGACAGUAAAGUAACAAAAUCACAAAUGAUUCAGAAUUAAAUAUUUCAAAUGAAAUCAAUGAAAAUAAUUAAUAAAAGCAGGAUAAUAAAAUAAAUAAUUUAGAAGUGAAUAGAUGGGUUCUGAAACAUCCAAUUCAGCCAAUACUUAGUGAAUAAUUUAACUAAAACGAAAAUAAAACUAACAAUAAUAAUAAUUAAUUGAUGUAAGCAUAGAAAAGCUUAGGUCAAUAAUUUAAUGUUGGGUAGUUUUUAAAUAACAAAAUAAAUAACAAAUUUGAAAAUUAACAAAAUGGAGUAAAUUAAAUUGGCUAAUUUAAUUAAAAAGAACAAAGAGAUAUGGCUUAAGAUGAACAUUUCAAAAGAGAUAAACAAAAUAAACAAAAAGCUAAGACAUUUAUCUAUAAAUUUGAUAUUUAAAAAUAAGAUUAAUUAUCUAAUAAAAACUCAUAAUAAGGAAGUUCAAAGAAUAUAAAAUCAUCAAAAAAUAUUCAAUUUUUUGAAAGCAACAACUAAAAGAAUUAAAGUUUAAAAAAAUACUAGACAUCCUAAUUGAUAUAAUAUGGAGAGUCCAAUCAUAAAGAAAAGAAAGCAAAGCCAUAUUUAGAUCAUAAAUAGAUUAAUAACAACAAUAAUUAAUAUGACUUUUUAGAUUAAUUUUAACAAUAAUAUUAACCAAAUAGCAUUUAAAGCUCAAAAGAAAUAAAAAAUGGAGCAUCAAAUUAAAUAAAAGGAGCAUAAACAUUAGGAAUUCAAACUUCUAAUUUACAAUAGGUAAGCCUAUAAAAAAAUAAAAAUCCAUCAAUUAAAUCACCUUAAUCUACUAAUUCUCCAAUAAAGAGAAAAUUAUUUUAACAAUAAAUCCAUGAAGAUAACUAUAAUAUAAUGAAUUCAACAUUAAUACAAGAGCUAAACUAAAAUGAGGUACUAUCUUAAUAUAUUUAAUAAAGUGGUUAUUCUAUUGAAAUGUUCGCUUUUUACAUGAUAAAGCUAUAUAACUUUUGUAUUUAUAGCACUUAUCAAAAAAAAGAUAUUCAAAAUAGCAGCUAUGAAAGCAACGAUUAAAAUGAUUCCAGAUCUAAUAAUUACUCAUAAAAUUUAAGUUCUCACUAAGCUAAUCGCAAUAACUAAUAUGUAUAGGAGUUCCCUACACUAAAGGUAAAUGAGCAGACAUUUAUUUCAGUCUUAGAAAUUUUUGUUAACAAGAUGAAAGAACUAUGCUUACCGCCUCAUCUUAUUAGAGAAUUUUAAGAAAAAUUUCUAGGCGCCAUAAAGAGUUUUAUGCCUCAAACACUAAUUGAUGACUUUGGUGGCUUAGAAAAAAUCAAAGUCAUAAUUUAAAAAUUGCUUGAGCACCUCUGCUAUGAAAAUGGUAUCAUACCAGCAUUUGAUGGCUAACUAGUUAAUCUAGUUAGUGAAGGAGUAGUUAGCUUAUUGAGAUCAGACAAUAAUGUCCUUUAAACUUAUCUAGCAAGACUAAAAAACUCACCAAUGCAAAUUUCAAAUGCUGAAUUUUAUCACAUAAAAAUAGGUUUAGGCAUGGUCAUGCAAGAAAUGCAAUACCCAUAAAAUCUUAUAUUUUAAAUAGUGUAACGAGUUAAUAAACAAAGAGGGUAUUUUACUUCCUUAAAUAACUUUAGUAAAGACUCUUCAUUUAGAAAUGCAUUCAUUCAAUCUAUUUCCAAGAAUAAAAAAAUCGUUGGAUACUUUCUAGAUCCUUCAUCGAAUAUUAUAUAAAAUUUCUAUGAUGAAUUAUUUUAAACAUUGUUUGGUUAUAAUAGAUUUGUAGAUUUAAUAGACUAUUUCGAGCACAAGUUAAAAACGAAUUAAAUACCAUUAAUAAUGAUAGAAGAAAUCCAUAAGGCAAUAAUCGAAGCCUAUAAAUCUACCUAAGCAGAUGCCAACAAUCUUGCAAUGAGAGAUAUUUCUAUAAAAAUUGAAAGAAUAAAAUAGAAAGCCGAUUUAAUAUCUUACUAGUUUUUAAACAUAGGAAUGUCAGAAAGCGAGUUAGUUGAAUAGCUAAUUGAAUGGUGUGAGUAUGCUUUAAUAAAUAUCAACCUUCCAGAUGGAAUGCAAGAAGACUCAAUAAUAAAACCAGAAUUCUUACAGGAAUAUUUAUUCUUAGUCCUAUCAGAAGAUGACCAGUUAUUCUCUAUUUAUGACCUUGAUUACUCUGUCACAUACCACAAUAUAAUUAACUUUGAUUAUUGUUUUAAUAUGUGGCUUUCAGGUAUUUAGGAUGUACUCUUAAAAAAUGAUACUUAUCCGAAAGAAAAUAUCAAAGAAUUGAUAUCAUAUCUUCGUAUGAAUUCUUUGUUACAAAAUUCUUGA